AUGCCUUCCUGCUCAUCGACCACCACCAUCGAGCUGCAGCCCGUCGAGGCUCUGCCCACACACCCAGCCCCGGCAGCCAAGCAGCUGCGAGACAACAACAGCGAGACGAAGCGCCAUGUGGGACGCAAGGAGCAGCCGGUAGGUAAUGAAGAUGCCGGUUCAUCGUCAGACGGCAACAGGCUGCUGGGCGAGUUGGGCGGCUCGGAGCCGUGCCCAACGCCGGCGGUGCGCGCGGCCGAGAAGUGGAACGAGCCCCGGCGCAACUCGUACCGCCUCGGCGCCGCGUUUUGGUGCUUCCUCGUCAUGGGCGCCAACGACUCGGCGUACGGACCCCUGAUUCCCUAUCUCGAGAAAUACUACGACCUCACGUACAUUGUCGUCUCGCUCGUCUUCCUCUCGCCCUUCAUCGGGUACGUCGCCUCGGCGCUGCUCAACAACACGCUGCACCACAAGUUCGGCCAGCGCGGCGUGGCCGUCAUCUGCGCGUCGAGCCACCUCGCCGCCUACGCUGUCAUCGCCGCGCACCCGCCGUACAUUGUCCUCGUCUUCGCCUUCAUCCUCGCGGGCUUCGGCAACGGCGUGGCUGACGCCGCGUGGAACGCCUGGGUCGGCAACCUCGCCAACUCGAGCGAGCUGCUGGGCUUCCUGCACGCGCUUUACGGCGUGGGCGGCGUGGUGAGCCCGCUGAUUGCGACGACGCUCAUUACAAAGGCCAAUUUGCCUUGGUAUUCGUUCUACUACAUCAUGAUUGGCCUCGCGGGCAUCGAGCUCGUCAUGCUGGCCUCGGCAUUCUGGGACUCCAACGGGGCGACCUACCGCCGCGUGUACCAAGAGAGCGAGCUCGACAGCCACAGCAAGCUCACCGAGGCACUCUUCCAGAAGCCUGCCGCCCGCGUAUGCUGGGUUGCCGCCGUGUUUCUCCUGUGCUACGUCGGCGCCGAGGUCGCGCUCGGGGGGUGGAUCGUCACCUUUAUGCUGCGCGUGCGCCAGGGCGAGGAGUUUGCUAGUGGCAUGUCCGCCGUAGGCUUCUGGCUCGGCAUCACCGUCGGACGAGCGGUCCUGGGCUUCGUGACGCCUCGAAUCGGCGUCAAGCUCUCCACAGCGUGCUACAUCGGGGCAGUCAUGGCCCUGGAGCUCGUGUUCUGGCUUGUCCCGCAGUUCUAUGUCUCGGCCGUGGCCGUCGCCUUCCAGGGCUUCUUCCUGGGACCCAUGUUCCCCAAUGCAGUCCUCGUCGCGAGCAAGCUGCUGCCGCGACACCAGCACGUCGUAGUGAUUGGCUUCGCAGCGGCGUUUGGCGGCUGCGGCGCGGCACUGCUGCCCUUCCUCAUCGGCCUGCUCGCGCAGUCGUCGGGCGUGCGCGUGCUGCAGCCCAUCAUCCUGGCGCUGCUGGCGACCAUGCUGGUGGUGUGGCUGCUGUUUCCGCGCAUCGAUAAGAAGCGGGACUAA